CUUCGUGAGACCGGAAACCUUAAAGGAGAAAAAAUGAAGACCAACACGUCUUCAUGCUUGAUCCUUAAAAUUCAAGUAUAUUUAUGCCGAUCAGCAUGAAGGAAAUGGUCGGCGGAUGUUGUGUAUGUUCCGAUGAAAGAGGAUGGGCCGAAAACCCCCUUGUUUAUUGCGAUGGACAUGGUUGCAAUGUUGCAGUCCAUCAAGCAUGCUAUGGUAUUGUGCAGGUGCCAACAGGGCCAUGGUUUUGCAGAAAAUGCGAAUCUCAAGAAAGGGCCGCUAGAGUGAAAUGUGAAUUAUGUCAACAAAAAGAUGGUGCCUUGAAAAGAACAGAUUCUGGAGGAUGGUGUCAUGUUGUCUGUGCUUUGUUCAUACCAGAAGCAUGGUUUGCUAAUGUACAAACAAUGGAACCAAUAGUACUGAAAAAUCUGCCUCAAGAAAGAUUUAACAAGAUUUGCUAUGUAUGUGAAGAGAAGGACAGAGCAAGCAAAGCAUCAACUGGAGCCUGUAUGCAGUGUAAUAAAAAUGGAUGUAAACAAUAUUUCCAUGUUACUUGUGCCCAGGCCCAAGGUUUGUUGUGUGAAGAAGCUGGUAACUAUGGUGACAAUGUCAAAUACUGUGGUUAUUGUGAUUAUCAUUACAAAAAAUUAAAAAAAGAUGCCAAUAUUAAGAUAAUUCCUCCAUUUAAGCCAAUACCAGCAGACAAUGCAACACCUGAUUCAACACCAGAGAAAACUUUCCCAAGCAACUUUGAUAAAAUGAAGCCAAAACAAAACAAAGCUGAGGCAAAAGGUUCAGAAUUUAAUACACAAACAGUUCGUCCAUUUUUAUCUAAUUUUCCAUCGCCUAGUGCCACUAACAAUGAGAAAGCUAGACAGCCAGUUACUACACCACCCUUGUCUAAUACAAGUAGUGGUAUUGGAACAGAUUCUUCUGCUGUAAGUCCUACAGAGUCUCCAUCUCAGGACGAUGCAGAAUGGCGAGACAGAAAUAGUGAAGAUCAUUUAAUAAAUGUUGUUGAUAAUUCUAGUAAUUGUUCUCCUAAUUCUGGGAAAACAGAGAAACUUUUUUCUGCCGAUUCUAAUUUCUUGUCAGGAGGACCUGACUUAUCUAAUAGUGCUCUACCUCCUCAGAACAAUGUUUUUACUGGAAAUCUGGAGAAAUUUCUAGCCUCUACAAAACAAGCAGAACCACCGCCUGAGGAAGAUUCAGAUACAGAAACGGAAGAUUUAGACCCUGGUUUACCUAAGCGUCCAAGGUCAAGGUCUUUAGAUAAGAAUAGUAAAAAGUGUAAGAGAACAAAGCCAGCUGUGAUAAAGAAAAAACUAGGUGCUAACUCUCCUCCCCUUUGUAAAAAGAACAAAUCUAAACCAGAAACUACACAAGCAUCAAGUUUUUCUGUAUUUGGUGGAAGUCCAGUAUUUCCAACUCUUGGAACAUCAGGAUCACUACAACUGUCAUCAUUUGUUAAAACAGCACCAAGCAGUAACCUGAACUUGACAUGUCCUCCAAAAGUCUUUCCAUCUGUAGCUUCAUCUACCUCAUCAGAAGUCAACCAAACAAGUGAGUUCCCAUCAACAAUGGAACAAUUACUGGAAAGACAAUGGGAACAAGGAUCUCAGUUUUUAAUGCAGCAAGGACAACAUUUUGAUAUUGCAUCCUUAUUAAAUUGUUUACAUCAAUUGAAAAAUGAAAACCAUCGUUUGGAGGACCAUGUAAAAUCCUUAACAGCCAGACGUGAUCAUCUGUUGGCUGUCAAUGCCAGACUUUCAGUACCAUUCUCUGUUAACACUACAGAACAAGGAGCAGCUAAAACCAAAGAGGAGGUGGCAUUACCAUCCGCAUCAACAGUCUCAUCAACAACCAUGCUGUCAUCUACAAGUAGUACAGGAACAACAUUACCAAGCAGCAGUUCACAUCUGAUCUCAUUCACGCCUCACCAGACUGCAUCAAAAACUACAGAUUCAUCUCAUAAUAUAUUAGGUCAAAAUAAAAUGGACGACACUUGACCAAUCCUUUUUAUAGAAGUUAAUCUAAAUUUUUUUCUUCAUAGAUAUUUAAUUUUGUGCCAUGAGUUAAGACAUUGUUGAUACACCAAGUUAGAUUUUUGUCCUGUUAUAACUUAUUGAGUUUUUGUGGCUCUUUAAUUAUUGCCAGGUAAGAUUGUUCAUUAAAAAUGGACAUUACUUCCUGUUGUUUCAUUGGCCAGAAAAUAAAUGUUUUACUUCUCAUGCACUUCCUGUUUAUGACAAUACUGUAGGUAUUGUCAGGGACAGAAGACCUACAGUGUUAAUACUAUACAAACCACAUGUGCAGUCAUUAUUGUUUAUAGGGUAAUAGAUUUCAUGGUUAAAAAUUAAAAUCAAAUUAAACAAUAAAAUAUAUACAAAAUAAAUAUAAAACAAGUUUUCUACAGGAUUAUAUACAGAAAAUUGUUAAAACGCAACGUCAGUUUUCAUCAAUCCAUGAAAAUCAGUACCCACAGAAAAAAAAAUGAAUUCACAGUAGUCAAAAAAAGUCAGUUGAAAAAGACGGGCUAUUUUUGUCUCGCCUUGACGUAGUCAAAAAGCGAGACAUAGGUAUGCUGUUUCCGGCGGCGGCGGUGAUGGCAGCGUCAACAAUGUAUUAGUUUGUGAUUAGGUCUAGUUAAUGGUGAACCACUAGUGGUAGGUCAAUGAUAUUUGGAAUGCAGUUGUAUUAGCAUUGGCUCAUCUCAUUGCCAUGGAGAUUAUUUGGCCCAGCCCCCUCAGUCAAGGUCUAUUGACUUUGAAACUUUUCAUAGUUUACAUGUAUUAGUUUGUGAUUAGGUCAAUGAUAUUUGGUAUGCAGUUGUAUAAGCAUUGGCAUAUCUCAUUUCUAUGGAGAUUAUUUGGCUCCGCCCCCUUAGUCAUGGUCUAUAGACUUUGAAAAUUUUGCUAAGUUAACAUGUAUGAGUUUGUGAUUAGGUCAGUUCAAGGGGAACCAUUAGUGGUAGGCCAAUGUUAAUUGGUGUUCAGUUGUAUAAACAUUAGCACAUCUCAUUUCCAUGGAGAAUAUUUGGCCCCGCCCCCUCAGUCAUGGUCUAUUGACUUUGAAACUUUUGCUUAGUUUACAUGUAUUAGUUUGUGAUUAGAUCAGUUUAAGAUAAACUGCUAAUGUGUUUCAAUGAUAUUUGGUAUGCAAAUGUAUUGGCAUUUGCAAGUAUCGUUGCCAUGGAGAUUAUAUAGCCCCACCCCUGAUCAUGGUUCAUUGACUUUGAAACUUUUACAUAGUUUACAAGUUAAUGUUUGUGUUUAGGUUUGUUUAAAGGGAACGACUUAUAAUAAGUCAAUGGUAUUUGGUAUGCAGUUGUAUUAGCAUUGGCACAUCUCAUUCCAUGGAGAUUGUUUAGCCAUGUACCCUUAGUCAUGGUUCAUCGAUCUUUGAAUAUUUGCAUAACUUACAUGUUAAAGUAUUGCUAUUGUAAUUUCAACAUUUGCAUUAUCAAAAUUACAAAAAGGCGAGACAUAUCUCUGUGAUAACAGUUUAUUAGUAAAUAAAUAAUUGUGUUACUGUUGCAUUGACUCUUUGAAUAUGAAACUGAAAUAUUGUCAGUUAUCUCACAGUCAGACCAUUGUUUAUUGAUUGCCCUAGAACAAAAACUGCAAAUGAACAUAGUUUGAAUAAUUGCAAAGUACACAUUUUGUAAAUUGUAUUCAUGACACUAAAAUUUCCAUAUUAAACAUAAAACAUACAGAUGUCCUCACUUCACUUACAAGUUAUUGACAAUGUUACUUUCUACUUCUGUUCAUAUCAUUAAUUAUGUCAGCCAAUCAAAUUUCUGCCUCAUAAUUUUUUUUAAGAUGUGUAUCAUCUCGAAACCCAAUGAUCACAAAAGAGAGUACACAAGAGCAUUGCCAGAUCCUUGUAAGCACAGCCUCGACACACAAUGUAUUUUAAUGAGAUUACAUAAGAUCAGCUGAGGGGACUUAUUUUGACUUUAUAAACAAUGGAACAACAGGGUAAGAAUGGAUUGGAAAAUGAUAAAUUAGAUUGUAAUAUAUUUGUGAGUAAGACAUCAAAAGAUAAUGGUUAACCUAGCUGACACCCAGCACCUCUGUAAAAAUCCUGUACUGAAUGAAAUAAACAAAUAUCUGUAAAGACGAGGUUAUUGUCUAAUUUAAAUGUUUGAUUUAAAUAAAAAGGGCCAUGUCGUCUCACCUGGAUACUAUGAUUUGCUUGAGAAGCAAAUAGUUUAUUGUAUAAGGCCUAACUUGUUGUUUUUAUUGUCAAUUAUAGUAAAAUGAUUAUGUCUACACCUCAUAUUUAUCAUAAACUAUAUUUUUGCAUAAGAGUUGUAACAGUUGAAUGGUAUAUAUUGUCAUUACUUACAGGUUAUAAUACAUUGUUGACUGAACAGUAUUAAAAAAAUGGUAAAUUGUUGUUUAGAAGUUGAAAUGAAUUCAGUUCAAAGUUUUAUUUAAAGUUGAUAUUCAAUAAUCUGAAUACAAAACACAAGCAGUGGUGAUAUUUUCAAACCGAUUACAUAACAAUAUACAAAAGUCAUACAAAAUAGCUUAACUUUGUGUGUAGCUAUUUCCAUAAGAUUAUGUACAAUGUAAAAGAAUUGAUAGUGGGAACAUUCUAGACAAUUUCCGUUCAUAUUGUUUUAAGAUGUGAAUUUAAAACUAACAUUUCUGUUUGCAUUGAUAUUAAAUUGUCAGUUAAUCUUUUCCUAGUAUAAAUUUCAUUCCAUAUUACUUAUGGAAUAUUUUUUUCAUGAGAACAGGCAACUAGGAAUUUUUUGAUUGUAGAAAAUGAAACCUAAUGACCUUAGAUAUUAGCAAUAUAGCUGAAUUUUCCCGAUCAAAGAUUAAAUUGUUGAAAUUCAUUGUAUUUAUGGCCCUUAUAUUUUACUUUCAAUACAACUAGGUAAAUAACUGCAAUUUAAUAGGUUUAAGCUCAUAUAGUGAUGAAGAUAACUUUUUGGGCUAUUCAUUUAUCAAAUACACUUCAGAGGGAAAUCAUUAUAUGUUUGGUUUUUUUUAGGACCAUUCUGCCUUUUUGUUUUUGAAAAAAAUGCAAAGACUUUAGGUGAUUUCCCUAAGUAUGAAGUAUGUUCUUAUGAUAAAUUGCUCAUUCAAAAAAAUUUUACAUUAAAAAACUGGCCAAUAAAAAGUUGAGUUUAUGUUUUUAAUUUUUUACUUUAACUACCUGAAAUCAUAUUACCUCAGAAUGAUUCGUUAAAGUACAGAUUUCAUCUAUCUUAAAGAGUUCCCAUAUCUGUCGGCAGCUAAUGAAUAUUCAGUAAUAUUCAUAAACAUCUUGGUUAAGGUGCAGUUUGAUUGUUACAUUGGACCAUAUUAUUAAAUAAACAGACAUCACCCAACAAAGGUUUCUUUGAAAAAAUUCAGAAAAUUGAUUUUUAAUAUUGUUUUAUUAUUGUUUUAACUUGUAAAUUUUAAGCACUUUACUGCUAUUUAUUUGUAAAUACUGUAAAUAUGAUUUGUAAAUACAUAAAUUUGUACCAUUGUGUGACAUAAUGUGUUAUUUUAUUGUAUUAUAAGCAUCCUUUUAAUUCUUUUAAAGAGAUUAUAGUAAAUCAACCUAAUGUUGUUGAUUUCACUUUUUCCAUGAAGUUAUUAAAUUCUACAAGUUCAUGUCUUUUUCCCAGAAAUAAACUUCCAAUAUCAAAA